AAGCCGAACCGCGCAGCAGCCUCCCGCCCCGGGCAGCCGCCGCGGGGGGCGGCGCCUGGGUGCCCGGCCGACCAGCCCCACCCCCCCACCGCGCACGCUCGCGUAGGCGGAGAGGGGCCGCCCGGCCGCGGCCGUCUCCCGGUCUCCUCCCCGGCAGCCGUGCGGGCGGUGUGCGUGCGCCAGCCCGGCCCGGCCUCCGCUCUCCGCCAUGACGAAGUGCUGCCUCUCCACGGUGGGGGUCCUGUCCAUGACCCUGCUCAUCGCCAGCGUCUCCUUGCUGGUGGCCCACGUCCUCCAGAGGGUGGUGGACCUGCAGGUGAAAGAGGGAACAGUAUUAAAGAAUGGCACAGAAACAUUUGACCUCUGGGAAGACCCUCCUCCACCAGUCUACAUGCAGUUCUACUUUUUUAACGUGACCAAUCCUCUAGAAGUGGUCAAUGGAGACACCCCUUCUGUGGAAGAAAUAGGGCCGUACACUUACAGAGAGUACAGGCCAAGAGUGAAUGUUCAUAUUUUGGACAACGGCACCAGAGUCUCUUCUGUGAACCCAAAGACCUAUGUAUUUGAACGAGAGAAGUCUAUUGGAGACCCUGAAGUUGAUCUGAUCAGGACAGUAAAUAUUCCUGCAGUGACUGCAAUGGAAUGGACCAAAUCAACUUCUCUUCGGCUACCCACGGAGAUUCUCCUAAUAUUAUACCAAGAAAACUUGUUUAUGACACACACUGUCCACGAAUUACUGUGGGGCUACAAAGACAAACUUUUGUCAACCCUUCAUAUGCUUCAUCCUAAGAUUGAUUCAGAGUUUGGCUUAUUUAAUAAGAUGAAUGGAACAGAUGACGGUGAAUAUGUUGUUCUCAGUGGGAAAAUGAACUACCGUAACUUCUCGAAGAUCGUGGAGUGGAGAGGAAAAGAGUCACUUAACUGGUGGACUACAGAGUCAUGUAAUAUGAUCAAUGGGACAGAUGGAAGUGCUUUCCACCCAUUGAUAAGCACAGAUGAAACAAUUUAUGUCUUUUCUUCUGAUUUCUGCAGAUCUCUGUAUAUAACUUUUGAUAGCUUUGUGAGUGUGUCUGGAAUCCCUGCCUAUCGGUUUGUGCCCCCUGAAAAGGUCUUUGCCAAUACGUCAGUGAACCCGGACAAUGCGGGAUUCUGUGUGCCAGCAGGAAACUGCCACGGCUCAGGGGUCCUGAACGUCAGCAUCUGCAAGCAAGGAGUCCCCAUCCUUUUAUCAGCCCCACAUUUUUACCAAGCAGAUGAGCAGUAUAUUAAGGACAUACAGGGCAUGCAUCCCAGGAAGGAGGAUCAUGAAACAUUUCUGGACAUCAAUCCUCUGACUGGGAUAGUUGUACGAGCAGCCAAGAGAAUGCAGAUCAAUGUUCUUGUCAGAAAACUAGAUGGAUUUAUUGAAACAGGCAGCGUCAGAACACUGGUUUUCCCCGUGGUGCAUGUAAAUGAGAGUGUUCUGAUUGACGAAGCAUCUGCCAAAAAACUGAAGAGCGUUCUGUUUGAAGCCACAGUUGUAACCAGCAUCCCCUUCAUAAUCAUGGCAUUAGGAAUUAUUUUGGGGAUUUGUUUCAUUGUGCUCGUAUGCAGGCCCCCUGGAACAAAGGAAGAGAGUACUGAAGAGGAAAGGGCUCCGCUCAUCAGGACAUCCUAAUAUUCUUUUUUUUCCCCUUCCCAUGUGAGCUUGGUGAAUAAACUAUGCAAGUUGAUCUAAUACCGAAUACUACCCGGCACUCAGCGCUGCCUGAAAACCCACCAUGCUAAUUAUGAUUAUUUGUAGUACAGGGAUAAAAAAAGCUAAAAUGCUAAUGAAUGAGGAAACUGUUCUUCUCAGCUGCUAAGUAAGUUUUAAAGCCAGAUAUUAAAAUGACUUGAGAUCCUGCUUUAUUAACUAGUGUUUAAUAUUCCCAGUGCUGUUGAAAGCCAUAAAAGCUCAGAACCACUAUAUCAGUGAGAGUAUAAUACCCUGAUUCAUGUAUUAGAAUUACGUGGGGUAAACUUUGUAAAAGGACCGUAGUAAUGUGGGCUCCUAAGUCCCUUUUGAAAAUGGAACUUAGGCAUGUUUGAAAAUAUUGCCCUGGGUCUAAUUUUGUCUUUUGUGUAGAGUACACUUGGCUUCUUAUUAACAGAGUAUGAAUGGAUUGUUUUAGUAGUUACCCAUCAUGCCUUUUACCUCCAAAAUUGUUUUGUGAAUCUAAGCCAAAUUGUAAGUGAGGCCUAUUUAGUCAUAUCUAGUUUCCAGUUAAGAAGCCAAGUGCUUCAUAGCACAUUUUCGUACAGCACCUUGGUCUGCCCAGUAUUGUUUGAAAUCCCAUUGUGUGGUAUUAAUAAAAUGCCUGGCAAGUUUUUAAUUUUUAAUUAUUUUUUAAACUGGAAAACACAGGGAUGGUUAGCUGAGGGUACAAUAGAGCGUUCUCCUUUUUCCUGUGUCAGUGUCUCACCAAAUAUCUAGUGUGUGGAGCACUGUAAAGGCAGACGUUGCAAGUGUAUUUGUAACUGCAUUCAACAUUUAGGAAAUUUACAGACCUUCUGUGUUGAGGUAUGUUUGGAACAUUAAGGAAAGCAGCAUAAACCGGUUUUUUUUAAAUACUGGUAGUUUAAAAUAUAAGGGUACCUUUUUUCCCUCAGUGAGGAAGAGCAUUCUCACAAAUAUAUUUCCAUCAAAUAGUCAGUGAAAAAUUGAGACCUACUUUUUUGACUGGCUGAACACUCAUGCAUAGGGAGUUAGCCUAUCAAUUGUUCAGCAAUCCAGAACAUUUUGGGCUGUCCCAGUCAGAAAAGUUCAUUAUUAUCACUAUUAUUAUUUAUUAUCUGUAUUACUGUAGCACCUAGGAGCCCUAGUCCUGGACCAGAGCCCCAUUGUGCUAUGGUCUAUAGAUUGUUACCAAUUACAGAAGGCUAGAGGUACUGGCAUUGCACCAGGCUGACUUCUUUAGCCGACAGGCUCCUCUUAUGCAAGCCAGAACCAACCAAAUAAGCAUCCAAAUUUAGGCAUCUACCGCGCUGCAGAUAAGGUAAGGGCUCCUGUACGUAAUGGAGCUCCCAACCCUUUGUGAUCUGCAAGUGUGUUCCCAGUGAGUGAGAGACUCAGACUAGCCAACUACAGCCAUUCAUCUCAAGGGAUUUGCUCUGCAGUAAUAUCUCCAUUUAACCUCAUGAGAGGAAACUAUCCAGCCUUUGAUGUGCUAGGAUGAAAGUAAUGCCAUGUGAAAACCCUUGUGGGUAAGGGGCUUUGGAACUCUGCCCUACCUUUACCCCAAAUGUUGUUCUGUGGGAGGGGAUAAUCUUCCUUUGCCACAUAUGUAGAUUCCAGUUGUAGAUACCUCCUCCCCAUCACCCCAGUCUUUGAGUCCCAGGGCCCCUUUAUUUGUUUCCUUGGCUGACCUCUGGAAUAAACCUGCCAGCUAAGGGAAACCCCAAUAGCUUUGGCCCAGGGUCCCUUUUAAAUUCUUUCUUGUAUUUGGAAGGGGGCAGCUACAGAAUGCCCAGUGCUGCUGGUGAAAGGCUACAUCCCCCUCAGAUUAAGUGCCAGCCUUCCUUAGCUGGGGAAACUGAGUCAGUAGCUGCAAAGCCUGUGUUCUGUUUGUGGGCCAUUUGCUUAUUGCAGUACGUUAUGCUAAAUCAGGAACUCCACAUCACCUUUCUGUCUCAGUCUUUAUGUUGUACAGUUCAGAUCAUUGUAUGAUCCACACUGAAAUACAGCACCUUGUGUAAAAGAGUUAUCUGUGCACAACAGUAGUAACCUACAAAUCAUCUACAAAGCCUUGGGUAUUUUCUGAGGAAGUCAUUUUGACAAGGCCUCACAGGGUGAAAUUCAUGCCAGCGCAAAGGACUAGCAGAGGGACUACACACUGCUUAAGCCCUGCUGCAAAAUACCAAUCCUCAUGCCGCUGUCCAGACCAAGUAUUCGUGGACUCAGCUGAGAAGUCAGGAACAAGUUUUGUCCCAAGGACUCAACUGAUGUGCUGGAUCCUCUGCACUGGGGUGAAUUUAAUCCCAACAUAUCAAUUUUAAAAUGUUACAUUCUGCUUAUUGGGUCAGAUCCUCAGCUGAUGUAAAUCAAUGGAGCGCCAUCAAAGUCAGUGAUGCUAUGUCAAUUUACACCUAUUCAGGAUCUGGCUCAUUAUUCCUUUCCAUUUAUUUAUUUAGCUGAACUCUUCAAAUGUCUGAAUUACUGUGUCUAGAUGUUUAUGCAUAUAUGGUACCGCAGAUUAAGCUGCUGCUUGGUUUUGUUACUUCAUUGCUCCAACGUUUCCAUUCUCUACCUUGCCCUGAAGAAUUUUCCCCCCAAGGAACAUUUAUUUCUUAAAUCUCCACUAGACCAUAGGGAAAAGGUCUUAUCUGUUUAAUAUACAGGAAAGGUGGUUAUUUUAAUCAACGUUUCCACUUUAUUUUUUUGCAUGCUCCUGCUGUUACGUUCAUUCCUGUACAGUUGUCCUGUUUAGCAGCACCUUCUAAUUUCCAAUGUGCAGCUGGAAAUCUGUUAAAUGUCGUGCAAAGUGACUUUCAUCAGGUUUUAAGACACAUGCAUAUCAGUUAGCGGUGAGCACUGUGGGCAAAAUGCCAACAAAAUCACAUUGUUGUACCUUAUAGACACAGGCUUUUAGUCCACAGAACUUCUAAUUCUUCCUGGAACUUCUCAGCUUCUAACUCACAUGUACGAAAUAUAGUAUGUUCUGUAUUAUGAGCAGGAUGUUCCAAAGCGCUCAGCCAUGGCCUAACGUUGCUCCCACUGAAGUCAAUGGGAGCAGGCUUAGGUCAACACCAAACACAUUUUAAAAUCCCAUAUGUUAGAUACAAAUAGACGCAUAGAUAUUAAGCAGUUUGGAGAAGGGUGUGUGCAUUUCUAUGUAAGGCAAGAGCAAAAAUGUCUACAGAGUUAAAAGCGAAAACCCCAUUCAAGCAGGAUGCAUGAUACAAUUUUAGAGUUUUUUAUUUCCUUUUAGUUUUGUGAAACCAGUACAUUGCAGUUUGAUGCCUCUUAAUGGAGCAUUUCACUCCCCCUCUCAAUCCAGCACCUACAAAAGUCAAAUAUACCUGUGGGGGAGCCAUUUCAUUGGAUGCCAGACCUUCCAGCUGUGUUUUAUAAAGGGUUACUACCAGUAUUUAGGAAAAAAAGACAUUUAUUCUGAUUUCCUUUAAUGUUCCAAACAUACCUCAACACAGAAGGUCUGUAGAUUUCCUAAAUGUUUAAUGCCAUUAUAAAUACAGUAUAUUUGAUAUCCAGGGGCAGUUAUCCUUGACAGGCCUUUGCAUUGUUUCUUUGUAAACUGUGCCCUGGGUACCUUAAAAAUCCAGAAUCCCAUUUGUUCAUCUUUCUCAGCUGUUAACAUUUAAAGAAACACUACAAAGAAUAUCAUUCUCCUCUGGAUGCCCACAUGCAACUCACAAUAGCAGCUCAUUAACACUGAAAGGCAGCACAGUCUAGCGAUUAGAGCCCAAGGCUGGUUGUCAGGACAUCAGAGUUGUAAUCUGUAGGGUUAUUAACAUUUACCCCACACACACACACACACACACCCCCAUCCGAGGUGUUGUAGGGAUGAAUUAAUAUUUGUAAAGUGCCAUGGUCUUGAUUCUUCAAAGGACAGCUUACUUCACUGUAAGUCAGACACUCAGCAUCUUGCAGGAGUGCUAAGAUCACUGUAUGAUAGUUCGUUAUAUACCGUGACAGUUCCUUAUAUACCUGUUAUUAAUAAGAAUUACUUGUGCCUGAAUCCAGGGAAGAUUUUCCAUCUAUAACCCUUCUGUUCAGCUGUUCUGUAAAGCAUUGUUUGUUCCACACAGUGGAAGUGAUUCCAUGCAGCAUUAGAUACUUUUUUAAUUAUUGAAGACUCACGGGAGAUAGUCAACUGUUUGUUGAUGGAUUUUGUAUUUGUUUUCCUGAGGCUGACUGUUAAAGAGGAAAAAGAAAAGGAGUACUAGUGGCACCUUAGAGACUAACCAAUUUAUUUGAGCAUAGGCUUUCGUGAGCUACAGCUCACUUCAUUGGAUGCAUCUGAUGAAGUGAGCUGUAGCUCACGAAAGCUUAUGCUCAAAUAAAUUGGUUAGUCUCUAAGGUGCCACUAGUACUCCUUUUUCUUUUUGCGACUACAGACUAACACGGCUGCUACUCUGAAACCUGUUAAAGAGGAGACACUCAUAGCGAUGAUCAGUAUGUUUGCACACGUGAUUCACUUUGUGACUCUAGCAAUUUUUGUUUCCACUAUUAAUGCAGAUCAGGUGUUGCAUUAAUAAAAGUUAAUGUUUCUAUAAAAA